UCCAAGGCCAUGGGCAUCAUGAACUCCUUCGUGAACGACAUCUUCGAGCGCAUCGCCGGCGAGGCGUCGCGCCUGGCGCACUACAACAAGCGCUCGACCAUCACGUCCCGCGAGAUCCAGACGGCCGUGCGGCUGCUGCUGCCCGGCGAGCUGGCCAAGCACGCCGUGUCCGAGGGCACCAAGGCGGUCACCAAGUACACCAGCUCCAAAGUGGCAGUUUGCGGGUGUUUUCUUCCCAGCUAUAGCAGAGAAGUCCCAAGGACCCCUGCAGAGUGCAAGAAGACCCCAAGUAGAUGGACACUUUGGAGGAUGUGGAACUCAGCAGUCCGUGGUCCCUUUGUCUCACCCUCUGUCACAGCCAGAGUCCGUUAAAAUUAGCUACUAAGGCUUCCACCUUUCUGGACCUUCAUUUUAGUCGCAGGUUUCGCCCUCACCCGCACCCCCACCCCCACUCCAAGCCCAACCCUUGCGCGGUCAGGAAUCGAAUUUGGCCAAGGGCUACAAUGGAUGUCAUCUUCCUCUUGACCUCCAGGAGGCGUCUAUUACCGCCUUGAAAUGCUCCCGAGGCUUUCAAAAUGUCUCCCUCCGUUUUUCUUCUCACCUGACUUCCCUUAUCCUGUUCGUAUUCCUCUGCCCACCCCUAAACCCAUAAGCCCACCUGGACUCUACCUAUUCCCGCCUCUUCACUCAUCCCAAGGAGUCUAUCUACUCCCGGGCUGCCAACUAACACCCAGAUUUAUUUCAUAAACGCAGAUCCUUACAUUUAAUUGCUUACUCGAUAAUUCACCUCUUUUGUUCCAAAAAACACCUUAAUCAUCCCAAGGUGAACUCAUGUAAACAACUCCCAAAUUUCUCUUUGCCCGCUAUCCCGGAGUUGCACCAACAAACUUCAGGUACCAAAACCCGAAUCUAUUUAAAGCAGAGCAAUAAGGGGAGAGACACUCCCAGGGAGAAAGACUCUUCCCGUACAGUGACGCAAUUAUCACUGUACACAGAACCAACCAGAAGACGCUCUUUUCAAUCCUUCAUUAGCAUGUGGACACAACUAUUCAAAAGACAUUGUUCCAGAGCUUUAUUUACAUACAGCCGUAAACCAAGCGAGCUUUUCCCCAAGAUAGUUCACCCGUGGCCUAAGGCUAACGAGAGUGAUUAAUAAUAGGACAAUGCCCCACUACCUUAUUUGUACCGGGGAGAUAACCCGAAAAUUUUAGAUACAAAAGACCUCUUUCGCCUAUCCUAGGCCCUGCUGCGGGUCUUUUCCUCUGCUCCCCUCUCCGUGUAAAGCGUACUUUUCCACCUUCAAUAAACGUACAACUCUGCUGCCUUU